AUGUUGCGUUCGACGUCUGCAGCUGUGGUACUGAAUCGUCUGGGUCGUGCCUUGCGGACUGAGAAGGACAGCGAGGAUGCGUUUGCGAAGAGCAAACCUUGCAAAGCCAUUGGUCAGUUCUGGAGCCACAGCUGGAAGGGUCACACUUUAUACAAGGUGCUUCUGCUCUUGGUCUUGAACAACGGCCUCGCGGCCGUGGUCAUGGGAACAGUAGGUUCCGUGCUGGUCCUUCCCCUCGUUCUUGCUGGAUGGCUUCCCCCAUGGCAGGCUGGCAAGUCCGCCGGCGGAUGGUGUGUUCUCUCCGGAACCUUGGUGACUGUGUUAACCUUCUUCUUGUGGCAGCCUCAGAAGCGUGUCUUUUUCGAUCGCAUCUGCAUCAAUCAGAACGAUCCAGAAUUGAAAUUCGCUGGCGCUCUUAGCAUCGGUGGCAUUCUGAAGAAUUCAAGGUCGAUGCUGGUAUGCUGGGACGAGACCUACUUCCAGCGGCUGUGGUGCGUCUUCGAGCUGGCUGCAUUUCUGAGAAGCCAUGAUGAACGUGCCACGGAGCUUGACAUCCGCCCGACCUUCCUCGGGCCUUGCGCGGCCUGCCUCUUCCUCAUGUGCUCUGCCGCGAUGCUGGUGAUCCGACCCCAGCAAGAGCCUAAAGCCUACUUGAACACACCGAUCAACGCGGCCAUCUGGCUCUGCGGUCUCUUUUCCAUCGUCGCUCCGGUGGGUGCUGCUUUCUUGCGGGACUUCUUCUGCAAGUUGGAAGGAAUGAAGGAUCAACUUCCCAAGUUCUGCCUACGAGAUCCCACUUGCCACUGCUGCGAGGUCAACCAUGUGCUCGACUCCGGUCAAUGUAUGUCAUGCGAUCGCGAGGUGAUGGAAGACUGCAUUCGCAGCUGGUUUGGUUCGACGAUCCGAUUCGAAAGCCACGUCCGUCAACGGGUGCUACCGGAGGUUGAGAAGCGUCUCGGCAACUACCUGUUCCCCUACCACAUGCUGGUUGGCUGCUGUAUUCCGAUCGUUUGGGCACACUUCGAUGGGCUUGCAAUUGCCAUGGCAGAAGAGGACUGGCGACAUCUCGCGGAACGGAGCAUGUAUGUUCUGUCAAGGUGGCUGUGCGAAUUGCCGAUCUUCUUCGCCCUGGCCUUUCCCCUCAUGUGGAACCUGCGAGAUAGGCGUUCGACUCUUUUCGCAGAUGUCGCCGUGAAUGUGCUGUGCAUGGUGCUGCCACUGCCCGUCUAUUACGGCAUGUACGUCGUGGGAGAGUACCUCCGGCAGACCUGGGGCGUCUUCGGGAUGCUCGCCAAGCUUGUUCUUGUCUUCGUCGCCACCGCUUCUUUGUGGCCAUGCUGUUCCUUUUGCCCCUGCCGCCCAAGGACGAGGCAGUCAGGGGAGGGUUCCGCGCACACGUUGGGCCGCGAUUCGGAGCAGCCGAGCACGAGGGCGUGA